GCUGUGCGCCGAGCGGGAGAUGAAGGACAGGAAGCGAGCGGGCAAGUUUCGGCUGAUGCGGCAGUUUAUUUGCAUCGGCCAAACAUCGCCAUGACAGUGGUCACGGUGCUGGCAAGAAUCUUCUCAGCAGCCUCCCGCCAGCCUAGCCUUUUUGCUUCCCCGCCUGAGUCCUUUCCUCGUCUCUCCUUUCGACCUCUUCGAGUCUCUCUUCCGCGAUGAUCUCUCCCCGCUUGGCCCUCUCUGCGACCCUCGCUGCACUCGUUUCCACCGCUGCAGCGGACCUCCAAAUCAUCUCCCCUGGAGGACCUAACUUGUGGUGGGUUGCCGGCUCGAUCAACACCAUUGCCUGGAAUUGCCAGCAGAACACCGAGUUCCUCAACUUCACGGUUUCCGUUGGCAACUCCAACCCUGCUGUUCUCAACCAGCCGCAAGCCAUCAUCGCUGUAGAGAACAACUUUGACUGCUCGAAGACUAUCACGCCAGACCAGGAGAGCUUUGCUGCUGGCGACGGCUACUUCAUCCAAUUUGGGAACACGCUGAACUCUACCGACGUGUACGCUCAGUCCCAGCCAUUCGAAAUCAAGCCUCUUGGCUCCGCAUACCCCGCCACGUCCGCUACACCGACUGAGGGCGGCGCCUCUGCGACUGCUUCUGGCUCCAGUUCCGGCUCACCCUCCGCUUCUGGCAGCGGCAGCGGCAGCGGUGCUGCUGCCCAGACCAGCGCGCCAGCCAACAGCGCUUCCGGCCUGACCGGUUCGGUUGCUUCCGUCGUCGCUGUUGUUGCCGGUGUCUUCGGUCUGAUGUUCGCUUAAUACUCUCUCCCUCUCUGUAGGCACACGGCGAUGGACUCUGUUUCUCUGCACUCUCGCCAGGGAUUUUAUUUCUUUUUCUUAGGUAUAUGAGGACCGAUAAGAGGCAUUCGUACAUUUGUCGGUCCCGAUAUUCUGCUUCCUCGUCCUUACAACGCUUGUAAUCACACUCCUUUAUAUAACACGUUCGCUAACU